AUGACUAAGCAUCCCAAAGAGGAAGUUCUUUACUUCAACUUCGCGCGUCGAGCAAACGACGACGACGACAACUUCAACUUCAACUUCAACUUCAACUUCAUCUGCAGCGCAGCACACGAGAGAGACAGCGCAGACGAGGUUCCCCCCCGAGAGCGCACAAGCGAGUAA